AUCCUAAAGCUUUUGCAGUAUUUCUCCAUAGAAUAAGAAAAAUAAAACAAAAAUAAAUAAAUAAAAAAUACUGCUUUAGCUUUUGGAGUAUCCUCCUUUUAAUCUCAAUAAAAAAACUAUUAAAACAGAAAAAAAAAUGGCACGUCAAUUUGUCGUUUUGGUUCUAUUGACUUUAACUAUCGCCACCGCUUUCGCCGCCGACGCUCCCUCAGCUUCUCCCAAAAAAUCUCCAUCACCCACUGCCGCACCAACCAAGGCUCCGACUGCCACAACCAAGGCUCCUUCAGCUCCAACCAAGGCUCCAGCCGCCGCACCUAAAUCAUCUUCGGCCUCUUCUCCAAAAGCAUCUUCUCCGGCUGCCGAAGGACCCGUCCCCGAGGAUGACUACUCUGCCUCUAGUCCUAGCGACUCUGCUGAGGCACCUACCGUCUCCUCCCCACCGGCUCCCACCCCCGACAGCACUUCCGCCGCUGAUGGACCAAGCGAUGGACCCACUGCAGAGUCACCCAAGAGUGGUGCCGUGACAACUGCUAAGUUCUCUGUUGUCGGCACAGUCGCCACCGUCGGCUUCUUCUUCUUUUCUUUCUAAGUUAAGUCGUCCACGUUUUGGUUGGAUGGAUCAGAGAUUUGUAUAAUCUUUUGAGUUGAGGCCGUAAAUUUAUUUUAUAUAUACGUUUAUAAAUCGAGAUUAAUUGGAGUAAAUAUAAACCUAAAUGUCAUUUUGAAAUUUGGUUAGAACAAAUUUUCAUAUUUUGUUUAAUAAACUUAUUUUUUUUGGAAAUGCUUAUGAUUUGUGUGGUCUAAUGGUCUUUUAGUUCCUAUUGUCAUGUGUUGUGAAUUAGAUAUCAUGAAUGAUAUAAAUGGAUAUUUCUACAUUUUUAUUUUAAAAUUUUGUUGGCUAAUACUAAAUUGUGUACUAUUUAUAAUAUUCAUGAUAAAGGCUAUUACACAUUUUUAAUCAAGUUAAUAAAUUUAGGAUGCUUUAAUGUACUAACCUCUUUUGGUGCCAAAGUCAGCCAAUGUGUAAAUACAA